AUGCAGUUGCAAGCGCCCACUCAGAUAGCACUUUUGGCCCCCGCGGUUGCCGCAUAUACCAGUGUUGGCCCUUGUAGCUGGACCACGACCUCGACGAUCGCAGCGACAGCGGCUACCUAUACUUCAGCGCCAUGCCCUACCGUCACCGGCCACUUCGCCGUGGCAGAAGACAUGGAAGGCACCUUCCAACUAAACGGUAUCGAAGAGAUACAAGGUAGCCUCACGAUCAACGGUGCCGAAAAGCUCGAUCGUAUCGACCUGGGCGACUUGAAGAAGCUCGACGGGCUCUUCAUCAGCUCCAGCUCAGUUGAGUGGGAUGGGAUAAGCUGGCCAAACCUGCACACGGUCAAAGAGGUCCACUGGGCCCAUGUCCUCUUCAAUAGUAGUGGCAGCAAUCCCAAGCUCAAGGGCGUGGAAGACCUCUAUCUGUACGACACCAAAAUCAACGACCCCAGUGAUGUCUUCGAGGUUGAGGCGGGCAAGUACAUCUACAUCGGCGACAACGCUAAUAUGAAGAACAUUACCUUACCGGACCUGAAGAGCGUCAGCAUCGCGCUCGAGAUCUUCGGCAACGCCCCAUCGGUCGCGAUAUCCUUCCCGGAGCUCAAGUGGGUGAAUGACCUUCUGGUCAGUGGGGUCGGAAAACGCCCUGGUUGGGGUGGGGCUACGAUCUUGCCGUCCUCUCUGGACCUGCCCAAGCUGGUUGAGGUCAAGGGGGACUUGAUCAUCAGCGACAGCCACGGCCUCGAUUCCGUUAUUGCGCCGUCGCUCAUGCGUGUCCAUGGUAACCUCAAGGUCGUGAACAAUGCCGGGUUACAGACGAUGCCGUUCGAAAAUCUCUAUAGCGUGGACGGUGAUUUAGUAUACAACGGGAGCUUUUCCGCACUGUCCGGUCAGGUCCGGCACACCAUCGGCAUGGUCAGCUACGAGACUGAUAAUGAUUUCAGCUGUUGCCGCCACUACGGGUCGACAAUCGACUACCAAGGCGGCUACUACUGCAAAUCUGCGUCUGAGUCCUGCAGCACGGCCAAAAUCGCUCUUUCCUGGACCACGCCCACUCCUACUCCCACUCCGACGCCGCGCGGCCGUUCCAACGACCGUUUGGAAUGGUGGGCGCUCCUGAUCAUCUGCAUGAUCGUUGGCGCAAUCCUCGUCGCCAUCUUUGUAUUCGAAUACCGGCGAAGGAGUAGGUUGAAGGUGGCGCUGGCAUCAGCGAGGAAGCACAGCAGGGUGAGACUCCCAACGGUCAAUACCAGCACAGUGCGUGCCCCCUCGCCAAAUGCUUUGCCGCCGCCACCGGUCUAUCGGCCCCGGGCCGAUGAUGCUGACGCGAUACUGCCACCUCCGGUCACUGCGAUGGCGCCGCCUCCAAAGUACUCUGAGGCAGUCGGUUCAGAAGCAGAGAAGGCAACAUUGGAGAUGGAAUAUCGGAACCGGGACUGA